AUGUCUGGCUACUUUAAGUGGACAGAGCAACAGUUGUGGGGAGAUGAGAAGGACAAGCAAAGAGCAGACAUACUGGAAUUCCUAUCUGAUAUUUUCUAUACUGUCCGGGAUAUGACCAAGCAUGCCCUGGACGACGAUGAUCUUUUCCAGCUCAAGAUCAAAGUCCAUUCUGCGAAUGACCCGACAAGACUCUUCUUCCAGUCCUCUUCAGCCGAUAUCUUGGAGCAAUACCCGAUUGUCGAAGAUGGUGAAUCGCAGGAAUGGCUGGCAGUAACUGAUUACGAAUUACAGAGUAUAUCCCGCUCCGGCCCCUUCACUCAAGCAAUCGAUCUCAGCUACCAAAUGGCUUGGAGGUUCAAUGGCGCCCGAAGACAUGGAAUGCCACCACUUGAUGGCUUCAAACAUUCUUUGGGGAAUUUGAUGGGCUGGAGGUAUCAAGAGGGCUUUUCGCAAUCGAUGAUACAAGAGAGAUACGCAGCCACUGUUUACUAUGACCAAGACCCUGAGUUUCGUGCUACUCAGUCAUGGGAAAGAAUUGAGAAUAAACUGGAUACGCCGCAUCUGAUGAUUACCAUACUGCAUGAUAUUACGGGCGAUGAGAGAGUUUUAAGGGGCGAGAUAUUGGUGAUUCUUGCAGCUAUGCAGAGUAGAAUGUGUUUCAAGCUUUUUGAAGAGCAUGUUAUCAUCCCUAUUCAACUGUUUUCAUUUAUGGGCCGACAAGGACGGAUCAUCCAGGCUUAUUUUGAUGGCGGACAUUUGAUUCUAUGCAAGAGCCAGCUCUUCAAUUUCACCGACUUUGAGACAGCCCCUUUUGAUAUUUUCGUGGAGCACCUAGCAAGCAUGCCAGUUGGAAAUACCAAGGCAUUCAUGUUAGCUAGCAGAAAUCAGGGCCCCUGGUCGGCCUUGCUCUUUUUAUUGACUUCUUAUGGAGUGUUGGCUAGGAGGACUAUCAUGAAACGUUUUUAA